GAUUUCAAGAUCUUAGCUUUCCAAAAUCCGGAAUUCAAAAUUUUGGCGGAUUUCAAGAUUUUACCUUUCCAGAACCCUGAAUUUAAGAUUUUAGCCGAUGUCAAGAUCUUAGCUUUUAAUAAUCCGGAAUUCAAGAUUUUGGCCGAUUUCAAGAUGUUGGCUUUCCAAUAUCGUCAAUUCAAGAUCUUGGUCGAUUUCAAGAAUUUAGCUUUCGAAAAUCGUGAAUUUAAGAUUAUGGCCGAUUUGAAGAUUUUACGUUUCCAAAAUAGUGAGUUCAAGAUUUUGGGCGAAUUGAAGAUCUUAGCUUUCCAAAUUCUGAAUUCAAGAUUUUGGGCGAUUUCAAGAUCUUAGCAUUUAAAAAUAAGAAUUCAAGGCUUAGGGCGAUUUCAAGAUCUUAGCUUUCCAAAAUCCUUCAAUUCAAGAUUUUUGCCCAUUUCUAGAUCUUAGCUUUCCAAAAUCCUGAAUUCAAGAUUUUGGCAGAUUCCAAGACUUUAACUUUCCAGAACUCUCAAUUUAAGAUUUUAACCAAUGUCAAGAUCUUAGGUUUCCAAAAUCCUGAAUGUAAGAUUUUGGCCGAUUUCAAGGUUUUAGCUUUCAAAAAUCCUUAAUUUAAGAUUUUGGCCGAUUGCGAGACCUUAGCUUUCCAAAAUCGUGAAUUCAAGAUUUUGUCCGUCUUGAAGAGUUUAGCUUCCCAAAAUCGUGAAUUGUAGAUUUUGCAUGAUUUAAAGAUCUUAGCUUUCCAAAUCCUAAAUUCAAGAUUUUGGGCGAUUUCAAGUUCUUAGCUUUUCAAAAUCCUGAAUUCAAGAUUUUGGCCGAUUUCAAGAUCUUAGCUUUCCAAAAACCUAAAUUUAAGAUUUUGGCCGAUUUCAAGAUCUUGGCUUUUCAUAAUCUUGAAUCCAAGAUUUUGGCCGAUUUCCAGAUUUUAGCUUUCCAAAAUUGUGAAUUCAAUAUUUCGGCCAAUUUCAAGAUUUUAGUUUUCCAAAAUCUCUAAUUCAAGAUUUUGGCCAAUUUCAAGAAUUUAGCUGAUUUCAAGAUUUAAGUUUUGCAUAAUCCUGAAUUCAAGAUUUUGGCCGAUUUCAAGAUUUUACCAUUCCACAAUUGUGAAUUCAAGAUUUUUGCCAAUUUCAAGAUUUUAGCCGAUUUCAAGAUUGAAGCUUUGCAAAAUCCUGAAUUCAAAAUUUUGGCCGAUUUCAAGAUCUUAGCUUUUUAAAAUCCUGAAUUCAAGAUUUUGGCCGACUUCAGGAUCUUAGCUUUCGAAAAUCCUGGAUUCAAAAUUUUGGCGGAUUUCAAGAUUUUACCUUUCCUGAACCCUGAAUUUAAGAUUUUAGCCGAUGUCAAGAUCUUAGCUUUCCAAAAGCCUGAAUUUAAGAUUUUGGCCUAUUUCAAGAUGUUAGCUUUCCAAAAUCGUGAAUUCAAGAUUUUGGCCGAUUUCAAGAAUUUAGCUUUCCAAAAUCCUGAAUUCAAGAUUACGGCCGAUUUGUAGAUUUUACGUUUCCAAAAUAGUGAAUUCAAGAUUUUGGGUGAAUUAAAGAUCUUAGCUUUCCAAAUUCUGAAUUCAAGAUUUUGGGCGAUUUCAAGAUCUUAGCAUUUCAAAAUAAAGAAUUCAAGGUUUUGGCCGAUUUUAAGAUCUUAGCCUUCCAAAAUCCUUCAAUUAGAGAUUUUUGCCCAUUUCAAGAUCUUAGCUUUCGAAAAUGUUGAAUUCAAGUUUCUGGCGGAUUCCAAGACUUUAACAUUCCAGAACCCUGAAUUUAAGAUUUUAGCCAAUGUCAAGAUCUUAGCUUUCCAAAAUCCUGAAUUUAAGAUUCUGGCCGAUUUCAAGAUUUUAGCUUUCAAAAAUCCUUAAUUUAAGAUUUUGGCCGAUUUCGAGACUUUAGCUUUCCAAAAUCGUGAAUUCAAGAUUUUGUCCGUCUUGAAGAUUUUAGCUUUCCAAAAUCGUGAAUUCAAGAUUUUGGGCGAUUUGAAGAUUUUAGCUUUCUAAAUCCAAAAUUCAAGAUUUUGGGCGAUUUCAAGAUCUUAGCUUUCCAAAAUUCUCAAUUUAAGAUUUCGGCGGAUUUCAAGAUCAUGGCUUUCCACAAUCCUGAAUUUAAGAUUUUGGCCGAUUUCAAGAUCUUAGGUUUCCAAAUUCCUGAAUUCAAGAUUUCUGCGAUUUCAAGAUUUUAGCUUUCAAAAAUUCUGAAUUCAGGAUUUUGGCCGAUUUUAAGAUCUUAGCGUUCGAAAAUCCUGAAUUCAAGAUUUUUCCCAAUUUCAAGAUUAAAGCUUUUCCAAAUCCUGAAUUCAAGAGUUAGGCCGAUUUCAAGAUUUUAGCUUUCAAAAAUCGUGAAUUCAAGACUUUAGCCGAUUUCAAGACCUUACCUUUCAAAAAUCCUGUUUUCAAGAUUUUGGCCGUUUUCAAGAUUUUUGCCGAUUUCAAGAUUAAAGCUUUUUAAAAUCCGGAAUUCAAGACUUAGGCCGAUUUCAAGAUCUUAGCUUUCUUAAAUCCUGAAUUUAAAAUGUUGGCCGAUUUCGAGAUUUAAGGUUUCCAAAAUCCAGAAUUCAUGAUUUUGGCCGAUUUCAAGAUUUUUGCCGAUUUCAAGAUUAAAGCUUUCCCAAAUACUAAAAUCAAGAAUUAGGCCGAUUUCAAGAUCUUAGCUUUCCUUAAUCCGGAAUUCAAGAUUUUCGCCGAUUUCGAGAUUUAAGCUUUCCAAAAUCCAGAAUUCAUGAUUUGGGCCGAUUUCAACAUUUUAGCUUGCCAUAGUCCUGAAUUCAAGAUUUUAGCCGAUUUCAAGAUCUUAGUUUAUUAACAUCCUGAAUUCAAGAUCUUGGCCAAUUUCAAGAGCUGAGCUUUCGAAAAUCUAGAGUUCAAGAUUUUGGCAGAUUCCAAGAUUUUACAUUUCCAGAACCCUGAAAUUAAGAUUUUGGCCGAUGUGAAGAUCUUAUCUUUUCAAAAUGCUGAAUUUAAGAUUCUGGCCGAUUUCAAGAUUUUACCUUUCAAAAAUGCUUAAUUUAAGAUUUUGGCCGAUUUCCAGAUUUUAGCUUUCCAAAAUCGUGAAUUCAAGAUUUUGGCCGAUUUGAAGAUCUUAGCUUUCCAAAUCCUGAAUUCAAGAGUUUGGCCGAUUUCAAACUCUAAGCUUUCCAAAAUCCUAACUUGAAGAUUUAGCCCGAUUUCAAGAUAUUAGCAUUCCAAAAUCCUGAAUUCAAGAUUUGGGCCGAUUUCAAGAUGUUAGCUUUCCAAAAUCCUGAAUUCAAGAUUUUGGCGAAAUUAAAGAUCAUAGCUCUCCAAAAUCCUGAAUUCAAGAUUUGUGCCGAUUUCAAGAUUUUAGCUUUCAAAAAUCCGGAAUUGAAGAUUUUGGCGGAUGUCAAGAUCUUAGCUUUCCAAAAUCCUGAAUUCAAGAUCUUGGCAGAUUUCAAGAGCUAAGCUUUCCAAAAUCUUGAAUACAAGAUUUUGGCCGAUUUGAAGAUUAUAGCUUUCCAAAAUCCUGAAUUGAAAAUUUUGGCCGAUUUCAAGAUUUUACCUUUCCAAAAUGCUGAAUUCAAGAUUUUGGUCGAUUUUAAGUUCUUAGCUUUCCAAAAUCCUGAAUUCAAAAUUUUGGCCGAUUUCAAGAGCUAA